AUGAAGCUUCAACCAUUCACCGUUCUUUUGGCUAUUACUGCCGCUAAUGCUACUAAAAUCAAUCCUCUUCACAUAAAGCGCCAGGCGACGGCCUCCUCCUCAGUUAGUACGGCUACGUCUGCGACUGUAGCAGCCAGUAGCGUUUCAUCCUCCAGUGGAACUUCUGCUACCUCAAGCUCUACUACUGGUAUCAGCACCGGAACCACAACUGCUGUCGGUGCUCCUGCCUCCGCCACCUGGGGUACCAGCUACCCGCCCUUGUCCCAAAUCAGCUCAGGCAUGCCUAGCGAGGUCACUCAAGCUGUCACUACAACUUAUACCGCCGGCGCUUCCCCGACAUACUAUUCUGGGGCUGACCCUCUACCUACUCCUUUUGUUUUCAAUGCGGCUGACUGGCCCGCCCAAGACAAACUCCCCGACACCAGUUCCUCUGAAGUUCAGGAAUGGAUGGAGGAAUUGGACGGUUGGGACAUUCCUGACCUCAGUCCAACUGUGGACGGAACAUGUGUCAGUGAUCCUGCGAAUGUUGCCAAUGCUUCUGCUCGUGGAUGGUGGACUUGCGGCGGCUACACUAGAGACACUGACAUCACCGUCUGUCCUGGUAAGCCCAUGACCUGGGGCACAAGUUUUGACGAUGGUCCUGCCUUUUACACAACUAAACUUCUACACUUCUUGAAUGAACAGAAUAUCAAGGCCACCUUUUUCGACGUUGGAUCACGUUGUAUUGAAAAUCCCAAUGUCCUCAUUGAUGAGUACAUGUCAGGUCACGAAAUCGCCGUACACACCUGGUCUCAUCCUCAUCUUACUACUCUUACCACAGAGCAGAUAGUUGCUGAAUUGGGAUGGACUCGAAAGGCUAUCAAGACCAUUCUUGGUGUAACCCCGACGACCAUGCGCCCUCCCUAUGGCGAUAUCGACGACCGUGUUCGCGCCAUCUCUUUAGCUAUGGGUAUGGUUCCCAUCAUUUGGACCCGUACACCUUCCGGUGUUUCCUUCGAUACCUUUGAUUGGGAGAUUCCGGGUGGCGUGGUAACGUCGGAGGCAUCUUUCAGUCAGUUUGAAGGUAUUCUAGGAAAUGCCUCCACACUUGAGGAUGGCUUCAUUGUUCUGGAACAUGACCUCUACGAACAGACAGUAGACAUGGCAAUUGGAUAUACCCUCCCCGCUGCUUUGAACCACAACCCUCCAUUCACCUUGGAGCCCAUUGGUCAAUGUAACGGAAUUCCUUAUACCAACAUGUAUGUGGAGAGUAACCUCAACACAUCAUUCCCCAUUGCCAAUGGCACCAGCGAUGGAGGUAUUGACACCGAUGGAGAUGGCACUGGUGACGCCAAAUCCAAGAAUAGCACUUCUUCUGCCUCUACCAGCUCGAAUGGAGGCUCCACUCAACAUACUUCUCUCUCAAUAUUUGCUAUGCCACUGUUAGCCACUCUUGCUGCUCUUGUAGUCGCACUCUAG